UAUUAGUUACAAGUAAUAAUGAAAGCUUGUGUAGUUGUGUAUGAUUAUGUUUGUACUCUGUUAGUCUGUAUUGUCCUUGUAGUUCAUUCACAAAUUAAAACCCGAAAAAAAAAAUGAGGACAAAUUGGUCAUUUUGGCAAUAAAACCGCCAUAGGGGGAAAACAGGAAACCGAAACAAUUUUCCAUUUCCCCUCCAAACGAAUUUGACAACAACCCUCCUUUUUCUCUCUCCUCUAGUUGCAGUUAGGAAGGUAGGUACGGUUAGAGAGAGAGACCGAAAGCAGAAACACCUAAAUUCAAUUAAAAAAAAAAAAAAACAGUAAAACUAAAAAUGAAUGACCAGCCGAUGACUACCGAAGACCCUAACGACCUCACCCUCCCUGACGCCGCCGCCGAUGCCGCCGACGCCGACGAACUUCCGGCCGCACCAUCAUCGAGCCGAGUAAGGGGCCCUUGGUCGCCGGAAGAAGACGCCAUACUUAGUGAACUUGUUAGCAAAUUCGGAGCCCGAAAUUGGAGCUUAAUCGCCCGUGGAAUUCCGGGUCGCUCCGGUAAAUCUUGCCGGCUUCGUUGGUGUAAUCAGCUUGACCCUUGUGUCAAGCGUAAACCUUUUUCUGAAGAAGAAGACCAGACUAUUAUUUCAGCACAUGCUAUUCAUGGAAACAAAUGGGCCUGCAUAGCAAAGCUUCUCCCGGGAAGAACAGAUAAUGCUAUCAAGAACCACUGGAAUUCAACUUUGAGACGGAGGUAUGAUUUUGGGAAAUCAGUAGGAGAUUCCAGCUUUGACAGAAACAAGGCAUCAUCCGAAGAAACAGUUUCUGGUGAAACCAAUUCAUUUAAAGCAUAUGAUGGAAAACAUGAUGUAAAUAUGGUUGUUAACCAAUGUCCUCACCCCGAUUACCAGUCUCCAGUCAAUGAGAAUCUAAACCAAUCCAUGCAACCUGAAAACCAACCUUCGAUCAUGUAUGAGAAUCCCCCCAUUGUAGUUGCAUAUCCUCCCAUGAUUGCAUAUCCUCCCUUUUAUGCUCAUUAUGCUGAACCUAUUGAGCACCCUAAACCCUCUCGUCCAGUUGCACGUGUUGGUGCUUUUAAUGUUUAUCAACCCUCGUCUAAUUUAACACCUGCUGCUCCACCUCCCAAGCCUGUGCCUGUGCAGGGUCCUUUGGUAAAUGCCUUCCAACCUGACUUUGGAAUCUCCAAGUUUCUUGAUGGAGUUCAGUGUGAGCCAAUUAUUCCAUUGCGGUGUGGCCAUGGAUGUUGCUCAACUCCAACUGGUGCAAAAACUCAAAGCUCACUGUUGGGGCCUGAAUUUAUUGAAUAUGAAGAGCCUCCUUCCUUUUCAAGCCAUGAAUUAGCGUCAAUAGCCACUGAUUUGAACAAUAUAGCGUGGAUCAAAAGUGGGUUGGAUAGUGGCUGCACCAGAAGAAUGGAGGAUCCUACUCAGAGAAGAGAUACUCAAGGGACUGACAAUUCAGGGCAAUGCGCGCAGACCAACAAUGUGCGUUUUGAGGAAGGACGGACCAAGCUUAUGGGUAUGAUGACAGAAGUGCUCUCAACUAAGAUACCAAGGCAAACAGUCGCACUGCCUGCUGAAGUUGGGGUUUGAGCUGAAUACGACGAGUGCUGUUACCUUCUAAGUAGCAUUCUCGAGAUCAUUCUAAUGUUUCAGUCAUUAAACUCAGGGGUUGGGUUUAUUUAGGUUUUGUGAAGUGUCAGAUGAUUGAUAUUAGAGAUUCACAUACUAGCGGAACAUCUUACUGGCGAGAUUUGUGCAGCGCAAGUGAUGAGAUCUAUAGUCUUUUUGUUAUAUAGUCAUGCUGGUAUACAAGGGAUGGGAUCUAUAGUCUUUUUUGUUAAUUAUAGUCGAGCUUUAGUACCCGAAACAUGAAUGUUCUUGCACUCAUUAGUUAUCUGUUGAAUUAGCCAGCCAGUUUAAAUAUGAUGGAGUAAUUCUAAUAGAAUAUAGUUGUGGAUCUGGUA